AUGGACCACAAGAAGAGUUCUAGCCAUUCCCGAUUUGAGUUUACGAAUGCCGACUGCACCACGCUGGAUAGGAAAUUCGGAGAGUGCGACUACAUCUACCUGAAGUCGGUGAAUCGGACCUAUAAAUAUUUAUCCGCGAAAUUUAAACUUUUUCAACUUCCGGUAAAUCUUGUGCUAAUGAAAAGAUUCAACGGAUAUAAGCCUUUCCUGUACAACAUUACCAUCAAUGCGUGUAAAUUCUUUGCCAAUACCAAGUCCAACCCCGUGGUGAAAUUCUUCUAUGAAUCGGUUAUGACCUUCUCUAACAUGAACCACUCAUGUCCCUACAAUCAUGACAUUAUAGUGGAUAAGCUUCCUGUUGACUUUAUCAAUUACCGACUAACAAAGGUUCUGCCCUUUCCCGAGGGCGAUUAUCUCUGUGAGGCCCAUUGGUUUCGUUCGGGAUCUCGUUUCGCUGUGGUUAGAGUAUAUGGCACCCUUUCAUGA